AUGGCUCAUUCCGAAAUGUAGGAUAUGCUGAUAUGCAAACCUAGGUAGGAAUGUGAAUUAUUUAGGUUUCUAGAAAAAGGACCUGAUAUUCAAACUAAACUCUAGUUGAGUAUAAGUUACGCUGAAAAGGAGGAUCAGACAGAGAGACCAGCCCCGAGCGUGUAUGAAAAGUAUGCAGAAAUGCAGGAAUACUUUUGUCCAUUGGAUUAAUUAGAGGGGCUGUUAAAAACAAAUUUUGGUGUCGGUCUUACAAGUGACGAAGCAUUGAGAAGACAAUAAUCAAAAACUAUAGAUGGCAGUGAUUGGAAAAUGUUUAUAAAGGAAUUGAAUUUAUUUGCAUUCGAUCUAAUUAUUGCAACAAUGAUUUCGAUAAGUUUAGCAAUAUAUGGAAGUCAAAAUAACCUUGAAUUUAGUGGAGAAGAGAUUAUAACAUCAUGUUUAUUGUUAAUAGUGAUAACAAUAACUUUUGCAAUGGGAUAUCAAUAAAGAAAGAAAUCCUAGUAUGCAAUAGAGAAGGAUAAUGAAUAAACAAUUGUUGUGUAUAGAGAUGGAAAAAUGUAAUAAGCUCAAAUCCAGAAUCUUGUAUCAGGAGAUGUUUGUGUGAUUAGGGAUGGUCUGGUAAUCUAUUGUGACAUGAGAGUAUUGGAAUCCUCGGAUCUCCAAAUACAAAUGAAUCAAGAUGUGACUCAAGCAGUAAAGGGAUCACAGAUAUUUUGUGGAUCUCUAAUAAGGAGUGGUUUUGGAAAAGCAGUCGUCAUUAAGACAGGAUCCAGUACUACGAUUGCUCAGAUUCAGAAGAGACAGGGGAGUAAGUAAUUGUAGAAAUAAUUGAUUUUGUUCUAAUAAAUAAUGACUCUAAUAGCAUUGUUUGUGAUAGUGUUAGUAAUAAUUUGGAGUGCUGUUAUGACUGAGAAGGAUGCUUCUGAUGUGUUUGCAUAUGGAUUUAGAGUGGUUGAGUAAGUGAUCAUUGCUAUAGUUCCAGUUGGAUUAUUGGUUAUUGUUACAAUCUCGUUUUAAAUGGCUAUAAGGAGAUUGGCCAAACUGAGAUUCUUGAUUAAGGAUGCUGAGAGUAUUGAAAGAUUAAGUGAGAUCAAUUGUUUGUGUAUUGGAUUAAAUGAAGUAAUUACUAGUAAGAAUUACUCAUUUAAUUCAUUUAAUGAUGGCAAAUAAUUAUAAUAUGAAUGUGGUAAACGUAACUCUAUUCAUCUUUAUCAUUGUGCAAUAUUGACUUGUAAUCAUGGCAAUUUGGAUGGUACGGAAAAGAGUAUCAUUGAUUGUUUUAAAGAAGAUAAUACAGAUGAUUUGAUAAUGAACACCAAGUAUUAUGUGAAUGGCAUUCAAUAUCAUUUGCCAUUCAAUAAUAGUAAGAAGUACUCAUUAUCAAUUGUGGAAUAGGAGGGCAAAUAUUUUGUAUACAUCAAGGGAGCACCUGAGGUUAUCUGGAGUUAUUGUAAUAAGACCUUAUUUGGCAAGAUUGAUGUACAAUAGACCCAAUAAUUUAAUGAUUAAUUGGUGCAUCAAUGUUCAAAGGGAUUGAGAAGUGUUGGGUUUGCUUAUUUAGAAAUUGAAAAUGAGGAGGAUCUCAAAAUCAAUGAAAAUGAUUAUGAGUUCAACAAACAAAACUUUGUGUAUUUAGGCACCUUAUAUUUAAAUAACAUACUUAAUGAAUAAACUAUUCCUAUUAUGGAGAAAUUACAAAAGCAGAAUAUCAAAUUGGUGAUCAUAACUGGAGAACAUCCAGAAACUGCAAGAGUUAUAUGUAAAAAUACAGGACAUUACAGUAAUCCAACUAUUAUUGAAGGUCAUCAAUUGUACUUACAUGUCGACGAUCAAUAAGAAGUCACCAGAUUAAGCUCAGUUGAAAAUAAAUUGGGAAAUUGGUGUUCCUAAUAGGAAAUCGUCUUUGCUCGUACAUCUCCAGAGCAGAAAUUAAGCAUUGUCAAGGCUUUACAACAAUUGAAUUACAAAGUGGCUAUUACUGGAGAAGGAUUAACCGAUUUAGGAGCAUUCAGAUAGGCCGAUAUCAGUAUCAGUAAGAAGCAUGGAUCAUAGCAAAUGAUCAUCAAUUCAAGUGAUCUGGUUCUCACUUCUAGUAAAUAAACUUUUCUUGAUAGUUAUUAAGCUAUCUUGGAAGCCAAGAGGGCUGUUAAUAAUGUUGCCAAAUCAAUUAUGCUUUGUUUAUCAUCAAACACAGCCAUGAUCUUGGCUUUAUUUGUAUAUUGCUUCUUGGGAACACCCUUACCCGUCUCUCAAAAUCUAAUGUUAUUGACUAGCAUUUCUGUUGAUUUGAUUCUAGGAAUCAGUUUAGCUAGAGAAGAGUUAGAGUACAGAAUUCCCAAUAGAACCAACCUUUUCCUCUUUGCAAUUUUGAUUAUUGGGUGUAUUGAAGCAGGUGGAGGUUUAAUGGCAAGUUUCAGUGCUUAUCGUUAUUUUGGAUUUAAUCUGCACAAUCUAUAUUUCACAAGAUUUGCAAGAGUCUAUCCUGUUGGCGAUCAAGAUGUUUACAAUCCAUAUAGUAAUACUUUAGGCAAUUCGAAUUUAUUUGAUAACUGUUUGUAUACUGGGGAGAUGCAAAAUUAUCAAUGGAGUUCCCCUAAUAAUAAAAUUGAUUAGAGAUUGAUAUUUGUAAAAUGUGGAACCUGCACUGAUUUGUAAAUUCAAAAUGGAUAUUUAACCUAAUGUUGGAACACCAGGUAUGACUACCCUGAGUGUCAAAGCUAUAAUAAUGAUCUGUAGUAUUGUUACACAGCUAAAGCAAGUGAUUUCGCAUCUACUUCAUUCUAUAUAGUAUUGGUAUUAUCAUAGUGGUAAUAAUCUUAUAACUUAAAUAUAGUAUCAAUUACUUUGCACUAAGGACUUUAAUUAAGCCUUAUAAUUCGACUCGGGUUAACACUUUGGCCAUAUAUGGGUUAACGAUAUCAUUAAUCUUGUUGCCAAUCAUUGUUUACGUCCCAGGGAUUUAGAGGGUGUUUUAGACAAUCAAUAUGCCUUGGGAAUUAUUAGGUUCAGCAGGUCUUCCAUUUUGUUUGCUUUUGUUAGCUACGGUUGAAGUAGUGAAAUGGUUGUUAAGAACAUAUGUGGGAUUCUAAAUUUUAUGA